AAUUAUUAUUAGGAAUUUGCUCAUCUGUCGAUCAAAAAAUAUUUUUAAAAUGAAUUCUUCAAAAUCCGAGGAAGAAGAUUUCGAGGAAGACUCAAAUAAUUCCAAUAAUUCUGGUGAAGAAUUAAGUAUCAUUUCUGACGAAGACUCUGAUUCUAAUGAAAAUUCAGAUGUUUCUAAUACAUCAAAUAAUGAAUCAAAUAGUGAGGAAGAUGAAAUAUCAGAAAAUCCGAUACCAAGCCCAUUACUGGGCUAUUCACCAACUAUUGAAAACUUUCGUGAUUAUUAUAUGUCACAAUUAACAAAUGGAUUUGGUGAAGACUUGGAUAAAAUCAGAAAGGAACAAAACCUUGAUUCAAAUAGAUUGGAAGUUUUAAUUGAUUCAUUAGAAUCUGAAUCAGAAAUAAUAGAAACCUAUGAACAUGGAAAAGAAAUUAUUUCAGGAGCAACAGACACAAUUGCUUCAGCAGGCUUUAAAAUUAUCGAAACUACUGAAGACGCAAUUACUGAAACUGAAGGAGUCAUUGGUUAUGCAGCACAAAAAGACAAAGAAGUUGCUACACAUCCUAUAUAA